AUGUCAGAUUACAACGGCAACGGGCACAAGGCCUCGAACGGCACGGGAGUUACUGCUCUCAAUGGCUCAAGCUCGAGCCACGGGAGCUCGUCUGCCCACCAAUCACGCGAGGGAAUGGAACUUGUCGCCAGUCAAGCAAAGCCAAGGCCUACUCCUCUUGACUUGAAGCCCACGGGUGCAAACAGAGCUGGCGUUGCCAAUGCCUUUGAGCGGUAUGGCCAAGUGAUGCAGUCAUCAGUUGCUCCGUUGCCAAAUCAGCAUGGCGCCGACACAUUCAGCCGAUCGAAGAAAUGGGGCAAACUCAGAGACGAUGUCAAGCAACUGCGGCUUGCUGACUACAAGACCCUUCUUGGUGUGGUCAAGGCCAAGGUCAAGGGCGAGAAGAUCAAGGAUGACAAGACUAUGGCCAUGGAAAAGGUCAUCCAGCUUGUGUCCAACUUGCCUAGCAACUCCAAGACACGCACAGAGCUCACCAACUCGUUUUUGAGCGAGCUGUGGUACACCCUUGAGCAUCCCCCUUCGAUGUAUGUGGGUGAGAAGUUCCAGUAUCGCCAGGCUGAUGGGUCAUAUAAUAAUGUUAUGUUUCCCCAGCUUGGUGCCGCUGGCACUUCGUACUCCAGAUCGGUGGCUGCCAAUGUCGUUCGGCAGGGCGCUCUUCCAGACCCCAAUCUCAUCUUCGAGUCAGUCAUGAAGCGGACGGAGUACACAGAACAUCCGAACAAUGUCUCUAGCAUUCUAUGGUACUGGGCCAGUAUCAUCAUUCACGAUCUGUUCUGGACAGACUACAGGGACAUGAGCAAGUCCAAGACCUCUUCGUACCUGGACCUGUCUCCUCUGUACGGCAGCAACCAGGACAUGCAGGACACCAUCCGCACCUUCAAGGACGGCAAGAUCAAGCCUGACUGCUUUGCUGACAAGCGCCUCCUGGGCAUGCCACCCGGUGUCGGUGUGUUUUUGAUCAUGUUCAACCGCGUCCACAACCAUGUGGCUGAGAACUUGGCCCGCAUCAACGAGGAUGGCAGGUUUUCUCCCCCCAGCCCCAACCUUGAGGGCGAGAAGAAGGAGGCUGCGUGGAAGAAGUACGACAAUGACCUGUUCCAGCAUGCUCGGUUGAUCACCUCUGGUCUGUACAUCAACAUCACACUGCUGGAUUACGUCCGAAACAUUGUCAACCUCAACCGUGUUGAUACCACCUGGACUCUUGACCCCCGUGUCGAGACUGGCAUAAACGUUGACACCAAGGAGGGUGCCGAGCGUGGUACCGGCAACGUGUGCUCGGCCGAGUUCAACCUCUGCUACCGCUGGCACUCGUGCAUCUCGGCCAAGGAUGACAAGUGGAUUCAGGAUUUCUACUAUGAUCUCUUCAAGAAGCCGGGCAAGGACCUCUCUAUUCAUGAGCUCAUCAUGGGCUUCGGCAAGUUCGAGGGCAUGAUCCCAGAUGACCCUGCGGAGCGUCCCUUCAACAAGUUCCAGAGAGGGCCGGAUGGCAAGUUCAACGACGAUGACCUUGUCAACUGCAUCUCAGACGCCAUUGAGGACCCCGCUGGAUCUUUUGGCGCCCGAAACGUGCCCGAGUCGAUGCGGGCGGUUGAGAUUCUCGGGAUCAUUCAAGGCCGCAGAUGGAAUGUUGCUGGCUUGAACGAAUUCCGCAAGCACUUCGGCCUGAAGCCCUACGAGAAGUUCGAGGACAUCAACUCCGACCCGGGUGUUGCUGAGUCUCUUCGUCGCCUGUAUGAUCACCCCGACUUUGUGGAGCUGUACCCUGGUCUCGUGGCGGAGGAGAGGAAGGAGCCCAUGGUUCCUGGUGUCGGCAUUGCGCCUACCUACACCAUCUCCCGUGUCGUCUUGUCGGAUGCUGUGUGUCUGGUGAGAGGUGACCGCCACUACACCAUCGACUACACGCCACGAAACCUCACCAACUGGGGUUUCAACGAAGUUCAGUAUGACUUGAACAUCAACCACGGUUGCGUCUUUUACAAGCUCUUCCUCCGGGCUUUCCCCAACCACUUCAAGUACAACUCGGUCUACGCGCACUACCCCAUGGUGACCCCGUCGGAGAACAGCAAGAUUCUCAAGGACCUCAAGCGCGCUCAUCUCUUUGACUUCUCCCGGCCAGGCAGGAUCGCCACACCCACCGAGGUCACCUCGUACGAUGGUGCCCAGCGCAUCUUUGCUGCUGAGGACAAGUUCAAGAGCACCUGGAAUGCUGGUGUCGCUGGCAUCCGCGCCAAGGCGAGCCCUGAGCUUUCUGGCGAUGCUGCUGUCCACGACAGGCACCGCACCACUGCAUCUCGGUCGCUGUUCACCCCUGAGCUGGGCACCCAGAUCAAGGCCUUCUACGAGAGCUUGACCGACAAACUGCUCACCACCAAAAGCUACACUUUGGUACCCGGCAGCAAGUUUGCUGACCUUGUCCGCGACAUUGCCAAUAUCGUGCCAACCCACUUUGCCGCCAGUGUCUUCGGCCUUCCGUUGACAACCAAGGAAAACAGAAAGGGCAUCUACACCGAGCACGAGCUUUACGCCGUCCUCCAGAUUAUCGCCUCUGCCCUCUUCGUCGACUCGGAGCCUGUUAAGCUCUUCCCCGUGGUGGAAGCAGCCAAGACGGUGGCUGGUCAGCUCGGCACCCUCGUCGACAAGACGGUCAAGAGCCCCAAGGCAGCCAAGAACAGCGUCCUCAACACCUUCGGCGUCAACUUUAUCAAGGAGCUUAAGAAGGCCGGUUUGGCCACGCACGACAUCACUUGGAACCAUGUCCUCCCCACCGCUGCGGCCCUCGCCUCGAGCCAAGGGGAGCUGUUCACCCAAGCAGUGGAUUACUACCUCUCCCCCGAGGGUGCCGCGCACGUAGCGGACAUUACCGCCAUUGCCUCCCAGCCUUCAUCUUCCCAAAACGACGCUCUCCUCUUGGGUUACGUCCUGGAAGGCAUCCGCCUGUCAGGUUCAGCUCGGUCUCACUUUGAAGCCACAACCGCCGGCACUGUCACGGCGUCCAAUGGCACGGAGCUGCAAAUCCAGCCCGGCAGCAAGGUUACCAUCAACUCUUCAACCGCCUCCCGCGACGCAGCUUACUUCCCUGAGCCAGAAACCGUCAACCCCCGCCGUCCACUGGACAAGUACAUCCACUUUGACGCCGGUCCCCAUGCCUUUCUGGGCAAGGAGAUCAGCCAGAUUGCCCUCACAGAGAUGUUCCGUGCUCUGUUCAAGAGGAAGAAUGUCCGGCGCGCGCCUGGUCCGCAGGGAGAGCUAAAGAAGGUGCCGAGGGCGGAUGGGAACGGGGUGGAUUACCUCAGGGAGGACUGGGGUGCUUUGACGCCUUUCCCUGUUACCAUGAAGGUGAUGUGGGAUGAGGUUUAG